AUGUCCUUUAAAGAACCUAACGUUCCUCACUCUGAGGAAAAUUUAUUGGCCGACUGUCCACUCAACACGGAUGAUAUCGAGCUUAGUCAUAUGCGCGUGACAGAUAUCACAUCAUUAGGACUCGAUCGAUUCACAAACUUGACGAGGCUCUGUCUCCGUCAAAAUUUAAUCUCAAAAAUUGAAGGUCUUUCCGAGAUUGUCACAUUAAAUGAGUUAGAUCUUUAUGAUAAUCGAAUAUCGUCUAUUGAGAAUCUUGAGUCUUUAGUCGAUUUGGAUUCUCUCGAUUUAUCCUUUAACAACAUACGACAUAUCGAGGGCAUUGAAACGUUGACAAACUUGACAAACUUGUAUUUUGUGCAAAACAAAAUUUCCAAGAUUGAGAACCUGGAAUCUCUGACCAAGCUGACAAACUUGGAGUUGGGUGCAAACAGAAUUCGAAAAAUUGAGAAAUUGGAUACUCUCGUUAACAUCGAGCAACUGUGGCUAGGAAAUAACAAAAUUAUCGAAUUUCAGAAUCUAUCUUAUCAACGCAACCUAAGGAUUCUUUCGAUACAAAGCAAUAGGAUAACAGAAAUCAAAGGAUUGGAGGAAUUGAUAAAUCUUGAAGCAUUGUAUUUGAGUCAUAACGGAAUCAGCAAAAUUACAGGAUUAGAGAAUAAUAUAAAUUUGCGUGUACUAGAUAUCGGAAACAACGUUGUGAAACACGUUGAAAAUAUAUCGCAUUUGGUAAACCUGGAAGAAUUCUGGGCAAGUUACAAUCAACUUGAAUCGUUUGAAGAAAUAGAAAAGCAGCUUGCACAUCUGGAGAAUCUAAACACAGUAUAUUUCGAAGGAAAUCCUCUGCAAACUAAUAAUGAAGCAACGUAUAGGCUGAGGCUGAAAACGUUACUUCCAACACUGAAACAAAUUGAUGCAACGUAG